UCAGCCAUCCUGGUGAGAAUGUGUACAGUGGCAAUCUGGAUGCAAUAAAAUCAAUGGUGAAGUAUGUGCACCAAACUUCAGAGGCAGGCCAAAACUCCAUCCCACCAAAGCAGGCUGACAUUUCAUGCAGUUUUUUCAACCAGCUCUUACAUUAAAGGGGCAUUAUCAUCAUUUUCAAAAUUGUUAGUGUUGUGAGAUGUGCUCUAUUUGCCAUGGCAAGAGGUCUGUUUUCAUGGGUCUGGCUGAGGAAGCCUAUCUACAUACAGGCCCGAUUCUCCUACCUGCACAUGAAGUAUCUGUUCUUCUCGUGGCUGGCAGUAUUUGUGGGUAGCUGGAUGGUGUAUGUGGAGUACUCAUCCUACUCAGAGCUGUGUCGUGGACAUGAGUGCAAGAAUUCCAUAUGUGACAAGUACAGGAAAGGAGUGAUCGACGGCUCGGCAUGCAGAAGCCUGUGUGAAAAAGACACGCUGUACCUGGGGAAGUGUCUCUCUGCCAAGCCGAACAACCAGGUGUACUCAGGUGGCUGGGGGGACCUAGAGGGGGUGAUUAAGUGCCAAAUGGAAGACAUUCCUCAUUAUAACCUGGGAGCAGAGAUGGAGCACAGGAAGGAGGCAUCUCCCUUCAACAAGCCCACCAAGGGAACUUCCGUGGAGAAGUUCAAAGAGAUGGUCCUCAGCCACCUCAAGACCAAGGUGGGUGAACAGGCCAACCUUCCAGACCUGGUGAGUCUGGUUUUCUCCGUGGCCGACUACAACAAAGAUGGCCUCAUCUCCUUGCCGGAGGCCCGCUCCACGUGGGCUCUUCUCCAGCUCAAUGAGUUUCUGCUAGCAAUAGUCCUGCAGGACAGAGAGCACACCCCUAGGCUCCUGGGCUUCUGUGGGGACUUGUAUGUGAUGGAGAAGGUGCCCUAUGCUCCCCUGUACGGCAUCAGCCUGCCCUGGGUGGUGGAGCUGUGGAUCCCCGCGGGGGUACGACGCAGCAUGGACCAGUGGUUCACGCCCUCCUGGCCCCGCAAGGCCAAGAUCUCCAUCGGCCUCCUGGAGCUCGUUGAGGAUGUCUUCCACGGGACCUUCGGCUCCUUCCUCAUGUGUGACAUGAGCGCGGACGGCUUCGGUUACAACGACCGCCACGACCUGAAGGUGAUGGACACUCACCACAUUGUCCCUGAGGCCACCUUCCAGAAAGCCAUGAGGGAGCGGCGGUGCGACACGGAAGAGGACUGUCUGUACGGUGCUGAUUGUCGCACUUCCUGUGACCUCACCAAGCACCGGUGUACGCCAGAGGUGACACAGCCCAACCUGGCCAAGGCGUGCGGCGCACUGAAGGAUUACCUCCUGAACGGGGCGCCGUCUGACAUUCAGGAGGAGCUGGAGAAACAACUGUAUGCAUGUAUCGCAUUGAAGGGCUCGGCAGAACAGAUGGAGAUGGAACACUCGCUUAUACUGAACAACCUGAAGAGUUUGUUGUGGAAAAAGAUAUCGCACACCAAGGACUCCUAAUCAGGUGGAAACAUGGGUACAUCCAGACCCUGGAUUUGAAAGUAUUGAUUGGAACUGCAUUUCUUCCAUUGUAAAUCCACACUUUGGGAAAGGGUGGAGAAUCAGGACACAGAUGAACACUACUGCUGCCCCCUAACACCCUCUCCUCUAAGCUUUUUAGGGAACUAUAAUGAACAAAAAUAUAAACGCAACAUGUAAAGUGUUAGUUCUGUUUUUCAUGAGCUGAAAUAAAAGAUCCCAGAAAUGUUCCAUA